AUGAAUUCAAGUCUACCAAGCAGUGAUUUCAUCCCCCCUGGAUGCGAGGUCUACGCGGUUGUGGGAGGAAGACUCCAUCAACCUUCGAUACUAACUCAAGCUUUUCUUAUUAUCAUCAUUAUCGUUAACACUCUAACAUUUCCUCUCACUGCUGCCUCGAACGCGCUGGUAAUGAUCGCCGUCAAAAAGAAACCACGCCUGAGAGAACACAAGUCAAAAAUUGCACUCGCCUUGCUAGCGUCGACAGAUUUCGUGGUCGGGGUCAUUGUACAGCCCGUAAAUGUCGCUAUGAUGAUAACAGUUUUAACUGAUGAUAUUUCUGGUGAGACGUGCGCGUUGCAAGUUUUCACAAGAGCCUUGUCAAGAGUUGUUGUGUCUGCCUCUUUUUUUCACAUGGUUUUGAUCAGCGUGGAGCGGUACCUGGCCAUGAAACAUUCUUUUGCGCACUUUACCCUCGUAACUGAAACUCGUCUACUUGUUGCCUCUGUCUUGGCGUGGCUACUUUCCAUAAUUCUUCACAUCAAUUUUGCCGCGAACGAAUCUGUAUUUAUGCCCAUUAAUAAUACAUUCUAUUGUCUAUGCCUUGCCUUUAUAAUCUUCUGCCAUGUUACGGUUUACCGAGAAAUCCGCCGACACGAAAAGCAAAUUGCCGCUCAGCAAGUGACCGUCGAAGCAAGGGAACAAUUUCAAAAAGAUAAAAAGGCUUUCAAAGUGACAUUUAUCAUCAUUAUAGUGCUGAUAUUGUGUUAUCUUCCGAUACCAAUCUUAAGUGCUGUCUUAGACAGGUUUAGAAGUAAAAUUUCUUUAGAAGUGCUGUAUAUAUGCUUCUUUUUGACGACACUGAUGGCGUUCUUGAACUCUUUUUUCAAUCCUAUUAUUUACUCAUUUAGACUAAGAGAAUUUCGCGUAGCGUUCAUUGAGUUAAUUUGUAAAACUGCGAACACUGCCGAGGCUGAACAGAGAGAGAUGAAGAUAUUUGGAACACCAAACGCUGUGGUCAGAAUUGAGGCAGGACAAGAAAACGAAGGACAAGUUCGACAAAAUGUGGAACAAUAA